AUGGACCGCAAGCCAACGUUUAGCGUGGGCAAAUGCUUGAACCCAAUAUGUGGAGCAGCCACAUUGAACCAGUACAUCCACUAUUGCGACCGGUGGGCAUGCCAAUUACUUCGUGGUUUGCUGGUGACGUGCGAAGCACUGGGGAACGACAAGGAGUCGUUGGAAGCAGCGUACUAUGCAGACCUCGCCAACAACGCUGACACAGCGGACGAAGAUGAGGAGAUCAUGUUUCAUGCCGCAUCGUCGUCGAAGAAGAGGCCAUUGGACGAGUCGAGAUUCACGGCCAAGGCCGAACCUGUGGUGAAAGCGCCGCCGACCACCGCCGCCGCGGCCUCACUCCCACCCCACUUGCCAGACGACGCCGAGUACCAGAUACCCAAGAAGAAGCGCGACGUCAUUCACGACAACCUGCCGAUCCCAAAGCGGAAGCGCGAGGACAUUCCUCGACGACCAGACCUCCCUCACCGUCGACCGGACUCGACCAGCACGUCGGACCGAAGGCCAACGCGCUUCGACGUCGCACCGCCACAAACGCCACCGCCAGCACAAACUACAUCCGCUCCAUCCAAUCCGUUCGCCGCAGCCACGCCGCCGCAACCCGAACGGCGAGGAUCCAACAAUCGGUUUGUCCAUGGGUAUGUCAACCACGCGACGAUCACGAAAUCGGCCGAGGCCGCCAAGAAGGACAUCAUCUACCAACCCAACGACCCGUCCAGGCAGCGCCAGAAAGGUGACAAGGCCAUCCACAAGAAGCCAGCUGCUGCCCAUCAUAAUCCGACCCCGUUUGCAUCUGGCAAACCUCGACGCGUGUCGUUUCAUUCAGAGUGGAUCCAGCCAGCGUCCAAGAACCUGCGCCGUGUGCAUGACCCCGUGUCCAUUCUCAAAGUCCCCACGGCGGCAACAGCCGACACGACGCGACCGUCUUCAAAGGCUGCUGCUUCUUCGCACGAUCGAUCAGACAGCAGAAACCCAGAACGACCUGCCAAACACUCGCAUAAUAGUGCUGCGAAAAACCAAAAAAUCUCCGUGACCGAGUACAAGCAGAAAGCCCGCCCAUUGACCCAGGACCAUGAUGACGAAACCAGCAAGAGCGUCAAGGCCCCGCCGACCGACCCCCGGCGCGCCAUGAAGCUGAUGGCCAGCCGAGCUGCAGACCCCCCCAACCCCCACCACGAACCACCUCUCGUUCCGACGUCAGCCAACGACCCAGCACGUCCAGAAGGACACCAGCAACCGACCAAACCCACCCUCCCUCCUCCUCCUCCUCCUCGAGACCCCCGGCAGCAGCACUUCCGCCCCCCUCCCCCUCGGCCGCCUUCUUCUUCAACCGCUGUGUCCAACCUAGUGGUUCCGAAAGGGGGUCCCCCCAAUGACCCCCGGGCGCGACCUCCCGUCGUCGCUGCGGCAAUUCCACCGAACGAUCACAAAGGAACGGGUGGUGGGGAUGGGGGGGACAGCAGCAGGCGUCCUACACCACCAGAAGCAGCGACGACGCAUCCGACUGGAAUGUCAAGUGAAAACGUGGACGAUGAGGACAACUCAUGGAUGAUGGAAGCGCCGUCGUCCAAGUAUGCCAACCCGCGACCUGUAAAGUCCUCUGGCGGCGAUGCCGACGACGAUGCUGACGUGCACAUGAGCGGCCCACUUGAAGAAGGCGAACACGAUGAUAAUGCUGGCAAUGACCCAGAACACCACGAGCAUGUCCAUCACCCGCCGCCCUUUCAUCCGCUAGAAGGCGAGUACAUCGACGAAGUGUACGAAUCGGAAGCCCCGAGCCACGACGACCAACCACAGCCUCUCGUGCCCCCCGUCCAACUGGACACAUCCGCCCUGUACGACGCCGUGUGGCUGCUCAGUGGCCGCGUACAUUCGGCCCUCAUGAGCAUGAAACUCCCGCUGACCAAGAAGGCCGACAAUUACGACCACUUUCAGAGUGUCGUGCGCGACGUCGAAGCCAUCGACGACGCCCCCGUUCGCAUGACCUUCCGCAUUGAAGACCGACCGCGGGGCCACGACAACCAUACCGAAGUGACCGUUAAAGUUGGCACCCAUGUGCUGAUGCACUAUCUGGACAAGGGCUCGAGGUACACGGCGCUGCACGCGGUUUUGCCGCGACUGUAUACGCAGGCGUGGGUGUGGCAUAUGCUAGUCAACAACAUCCAGGAGGGGCUGUAUCCAUCCCUCGACCAAGCUCUCCACAAGUCUCGCUACUACGAGUGCUGCGACGACGACGACGAAGCCGACGAAGGGUCGGGCGUGGCCCCGGAUGGGUCUGUUUACUACUUCAAGUGCAUUUUCCGACUGCAAGUUGGCUACGGCGUGCACGAACAUGACGUGGCGGUCGCAAAGACGAGAUGCUACGACCGCGCAUGGGAGGCCCUUCAAGCCAUCUGCGCCAGGCUCUCCUACAUGUACCGCCCGCUCGUGGAGGAGGACGAGGACGAUAACACGCCGGCAAAUGCAGAGGCCGACGAGCCCGCGCUGACGUCGUCGCUGUCCAACAUUCACGUGGACGAAAGAGAAGACUUGAUCGCUUUGCCGCCCCACUUUACCAACGACCUGGCCCCCCAUUUGGCCCUGCUCGAGCGCGAUCCCAACUCGCCGGGAUCGUCGCCCAUCUUCGCCCACCCCACGGUCCCAGGGCGACUACCGGACCAAUUUUCAGACGACGACGAAGACAUGUACGCGUGAUGACAAGGUCAGAAAAGCGUAAGCGCAAACUAUCAGCAAAUAUGCUGCCGCCGUGGGGUUGUACAGACAGUAGUAGUUGGUGGCUCCCGUAAGUGCUCGACUCGGGAGUAGUUUUUGCAAGAAAUAAUUGUCUUCAAAAUGGUGAAAUGUUGUAGAA